ACUAGACCUUGUCCCGAUCCCGGCCGAUUGGGUUAGGUUACAAUGUUGUUAACAUUGCAGAUUGCACUACAUAUACCCGUUUAGGCCGCCAGUGCGUGUUGUGCGGCAGUGCUAUAUAUGCGUAUUUAAUCCUUGGCUUAGCAGUAACAAAGACACAGCCGCGUAAGAUAGCCCUAAUUAAGAUAAUGGAGCUCAAGAGUGAGCAGGAUGUUGAGCAAGAGGUAAACCUGGAGCUCACCCUGGCCCCGGCGGCGGCGCCGGAGCCCCGCGGCUUCUUCUUCUGCGUCUACUGCGACCGCAAGUUCCGCUGCUCGCAGGCGCUGGGCGGCCACCAGAACGGCCACAAGCUCGAGCGCAGCCUCGCCAAGCGCCGGCGGGAGAUUGCCGCUGCCGCCGCGCGCGCGCACGGCAUGGCGCGCAUCAAGAGCAGCAGGAGCUCAUCGGAGCAUGGUUACGGAGCCAUCGAGCGCGCCGACGAGCUGGACCUGUCUCUCAAGCUAUGAUCUCCAUCUGGUAGCUGACUAAUUCCUUCAUCCCCACCUAGCUUAAUUAGCUACCUGAUCAAAUAGGUUUGUAUGUUUCGAGUCCAUGUGUGUGUUCGAUCGAUUUAUAUGGUGUACGUGUUCUUCACUUCUUGUUCUUCUAGUUCAGUUUGUCUGAUGGGGAGUUCCUGAUUGGCCAGAAUUAUUUGGUGAUUUAAAUGGCACUAAGAUUUGGUA